AUGGAGAGAAGAUAUCCCUGUGAUUUUUGUGAAUAUAUUGCAACUAACUCAUCGAAUUUAAGGCAGCAUAGACAAAGUAAACACGAGGGAGUGAGAUAUCCUUGUGACCAAUGUGACUACGCUGCAACCAGAGCAUCGCAUUUAAAACUGCACAAAGAAAGCAAACAUGAGGGAAUUAAGUAUUCUUGUGACAUUUGUGAUUUUACGACAACACAAUCAACACAUUUGAAGAUACACAAAGCAAGCAAACACGAAGGUGUAAGAUAUCCUUGUGAUAAAUGUGAUUAUUCUGCAACUCAUUCACAAUAUUUGAAGAAACAUAAAGAAAGUAAACACGAAGGACUGUGUUAUCCAUGUAACAAAUGUGAAUACGUAUCAAGACAUUCAUCCAGUUUAAAGAUACACAUUAAAAGUAUGCAUGAAGGUGUGAAACAUUCUUGUGAUAAGUGCGAAUACACUGCUAAUUCUGUAUCUUCACUCAACAGUCACAAAAAAAGAAAACAUGAAGGAAUACGGUUUCCAUGUGACAUGUGCGAUUAUCUUGCAACUCAAUCUUCUCAUCUAAAGCAUCACAAAAAACGUCAACACGAAAGACUCACUGAAAACCGUAAACCUGAAAUUGUGCAAUGUGAACCUGAUUUAGUAAAAUAUGAACCUGAAUCUAUUGUUGUGAAACCUGACUUUGUGAAAUAUGAACCUGUUCUUGUGAAAUGUGAACCUGAACCUGAAUUUGAAACGGAUAUUGUGAAAAAUGAACCAGACCUCGAUCUUGUUAAAUGUGAACCUGAACCUGAACCUGAUGCUGAUAUUGUUAGUGAAGAUGAUGAAGAGUUUAAAAUCAAAGAAGAAGUUCUUAACAGUCCUUCAGCAGAAUUAUAA